UUUGCCUGUUUAUCCUUGGGCUGAACCCUUCACUACGAGCAUGCUGGGUCACAUUCGUCACGGACCUGCCACUUUGCUAGCUUAGACUGUCCUAGGAUGAAGCCUUUGCUAUGGCUAAUGACCCCUUGGAAGGCUUCCAUGAAGUGAACCUUGCUUCACCUACUUCUCCGGACCUUCUUGGGGUGUGUGACUCAGGCACCCAGGAGCAGACGACCUCCCCGAGUGUCAUCUACCGGCCACAUCCUUCGUCUCUAUGCUCUACCCCUCUCCAGGCUAAUGCCUUAGAUCUUUCUGAUCUUCCCACACAACCUGUGUACUCAUCCCCUAGGCGUUUAAACUGUGCGGAGAUACCCAACAUCAGCGUUCAUGUUCCGGACACGGCAGCAGCUGUUACCUCUAGAGUGGCCGUGGGACUCACGAAGCUAACACCAAGGAAGGACAGCUGCAAUGCGGAGAGGGAGUUUUUGCAGGGCGCCACUGUCCCAGAGGCCCCUGCUGGCAGUGACGACAUCUUUGGGUUGAGUACGGAUAGCUUGUCCCGUUUACGGAGCCCAUCUGUCCUGGAAGUUAGAGAAAAGGGCUACGAAAGGCUGAAAGAAGAACUUGCAAAAGCCCAGAGGGAAUUGAAGUUAAAAGAUGAAGAAUGUGAGAGACUCUCGAAAGUGCGAGAUCAACUUGGGCAGGAGCUGGAAGAACUCACAGCUAGUUUAUUUGAGGAAGCCCACAGGAUGGUGAGAGAAGCAAACGUCAAGCAGGCCACAGCGGAGAAGCAGCUGAAGGAAGCUCAAGGGAAAAUUGACGUUCUCCAAGCUGAAGUGGCCGCCCUGAAGUCACUCGUGUUGUCCAGCUCGCCCACGUCACCGACGCAGGAGCCGCUGGUGGCUGCAAAGACGCCUUUUAAAAGGGGGCACACGAGGAAUAAAAGUACCAGCAGUGCCAUGGGUGGCAGCCACCAGGACCUCAGUGUGAUACAGCCCCUGGCCAAAGACUGUAAAGAGGCCGAUUUAUCUCUGUACAAUGAAUUCAGAUCUUGGAAGGAUGAGCCCACGAUGGAUAGAACAUGUCCUUUCUUAGACAAAAUCUAUCAGGAAGAUAUCUUUCCAUGUUUAACAUUCGCAAAAAGCGAGUUGGCUUCAGCUGUCCUGGAGGCGGUGGAGAACAACACUCUAAGCAUCGAGCCCGUGGGGCUGCAGCCCAUUCGAUUCGUGAAAGCCUCAGCUGUAGAAUGCGGAGGGCCAAAAAAAUGUGCUCUCACUGGCCAGAGUAAGUCCUGUAAACACAGAAUUAAACUGGGGGACUCAAGCAACUAUUACUAUAUUUCUCCCUUUUGCAGAUACAGGAUCACGUCUGUUUGCAACUUUUUUACGUACAUCCGAUAUAUUCAGCAGGGGCUUGUGAGACAACAGGAUGUUGAUCAGAUGUUUUGGGAAGUUAUGCAGUUGAGAAAGGAGAUGUCGUUGGCAAAACUGGGUUAUUUCAAAGAGGAACUCUGACCCCCUGCGUGGGGCCUGGCGUGCGCCUCCCUGGACAACUGAAGAAUGGCUGAACAUUUUUAUGGUUAAUAUUUAUUUCCGAGGAGAGGGCCAAGACUUGUGUCCUCUUGCACAUACACUACGAAGUCCUGCGAUUUCCUGUAAAGCCACCGAGCCGUGUUUGCUUUUCCCUGAGUGGAGCACACCCCGGCCAGCUGCAGCUCUACCAGUGAUGGCGAUCCAGCCCUGCAAAGCAAAACCACCAAAUAAACGUGAGACCGAG